AUGACCCUCGUAUCAGAUAUUAAACUGAUAAGAACAGAUACUACACUUGAUCUUAGCCAAAAGGCCGAGAAAGGUAUACUUCUACACCGGAAAUCAGAAGACUAUAAGGCUCGAGGGAUCCAGUUACAAACGCAUUGA